UGCCGUAGAAUACCAACGAAGAAGAAGAGGCCCGACGACGACGCAGAAGAGGAAGAAGAAGAAGAAGCAGUAUUGACAUUCUUUAUUUAUAAUCUAAACAUUAUUUUCAACGUGGUUCAAGUGAAAAGAUGCCAACACAAAAAAAAUGUCCAACAUGCCAGGCAAGCAUCGGGGUUGCCAGUAAGGUGUGUAAGCACUGCGGGGCCAGGCAGCCUUACAAAAAAAAGUUGGAGCAGGCAAAGGAAAAAAUAUCUCUACAGUGGAAGGAGACACAGAAAAAGAAUAAAAGCGUCAACAAAGUCUAUGAUGCUACUAAUUUAGUGCUCCAUAAGUGGAACCAGUUGGAUCGGCAUCCUAUACUCCUGCUGGCCAAGAGGACAGGGAAGGGUUUUGUGGCUGAGUGCCUUUGUCCCCAGCCAAUGCCCACUCAAGGGGCACGUGAUGCACUCCUCACUAUACAGAGAAUUUAUGAAAGUAUUCUUAAUGUGGCCCUGACAAAGGAAACUGAGGCUGAAGAGACUCUAAGGAACGAGACUGAAGAGAUUCGAAAGAAUGAGACCGAAGAGAUCCAAAAUAUUGAGACUGAAGAGAUUUUAAAGACGGAGACUGAAGAGAUUCAAACUGCUGAGAGUGAACAAACUCUAAAGACUGAGCCUGAAGACGCUUCAGCAGCUGACACUCUUCUCCUCCCAUCUGCCAUUCUGCCCUUUGUGGUGCCUGGCCCUGCCUCUGGUCCCAUGUCAGUGUCCAGAUCUGAGCUUUCUCCUCUAUCUGACUCCGUCAUCUCCUUUAUAGUCACUCCUGUGUCUGCCUCCCUGCCCUCUACUCUAUCUACCUCCAUGGCACCUGUGUCUACCUCUCUGCCCUCUACUGUAUCUACCUCCCUGGCCCCCGGGUCAGCCUCUUUGCCCUCUACUCUGUCUGCCUACCUGCCCUCUACUCUGUCUGCCUCCGUGCUCUCUACUCUAUCUACCUCCCUGGCCCCUGCUCUAAAAGGAAGGAACAAGAACAAGAGGAAGGCAUAUCAAAAUGAAUGCCCCGUUCAUCACGGUUCUACGACUUUCCCCUAUGAACGAAUAUUAAGGGAGAGAGUCAGGGAGGGCCAUGCUGAGGUGUUCGUGCGCUGGUCUCCUUGCUCUGGAUGUGGGGCCAAGUGGGAGGACACCUGGGAGCCUAAAGAAAAUUUUAAAUAAAAUAAAAAAAACUAAAAACAGUUCAGUCGUGGUU